AUGGAAGAACAGACCAUUUUACCUUUUCAUUCAACGACGAACAGUAAUGCAACAGCAAUUGUCGUUGAGCAAGAUCCAAGCAUUCAAAAAAAAUUAAGCUUCUCAAUUGACAGCAUCCUUGACAAGCAACAACAACAACAACAACAGCCAUUAUUCAACUGUAGUAAUUUUAAAGUCAAACGUCAUCAUCAUUCAACACCCAUUGGUAACCAUCAUCGAUCAUCAAAUGAAAACGGGAGUAAUAAUGAUUCAGGUAUUCAUUUAUUACUUAUCGACGGAAAUAACAACAAACGCAAACAUAGUGGAUCGUUAUCAUCGGAUGAACAUUCAUCAACAUCACCACCAACUGGAAAUAAACAUACUCGUUUAAGUCAUUUAGAUGAUGAUGGAGCUAGCAGCGAUUGUUCAGGUUUAACAACAAGCGAUGUCGACGAUGACGACAUUGUAUCAGGUUCCGAAGAUAACGAUCUUAGUCAUCGACACAAUGGCAAUCACAAAUAUUCACAUAAUCAUGGAGGAAUCAAUCAAUAUAGUCAUCAUGGCAGCGGUAGUCAUGAAUUACAUGAGAUUAUGCAUCGGAAGAAGAAAACACGUACAGUGUUUUCACGUACGCAGAUAUUUCAGUUGGAAACAACGUUUGAUCGAAAGCGAUAUUUAUCAAGUGCUGAUCGUGCCAAUUUGGCACAAGGUCUUCGUCUCACUGAACAGCAAGUUAAAAUUUGGUUCCAAAAUCGACGAAAUAAACUUAAACGUCAAAUAGUCGAAGCUAGUCAGUCAAUCAGUUCGGUCGUUGCUUGUGCUGCAUCGUUGCAAGCUCCCCCACCACCUCCGCCGACAUCCUCGUCAUCCUCAUCCAACAAUUCCAUAAUUAAACGUCCAUUACCCAUGUCUAUACCAUUACCCAGUGAUUUCUCUUCGGCAUCAUCAUCAUCAACAUCUCCUCUAUCUAUGUCAUCGAAAAAUCCAGCACAUCGUUUCGAUGCGGCCUCAUUCCUUCAUUCGAACUUCUACGAACUAGCUGCCGUUGCUGCCGCACAUGCAGCCGCUCAAGCAGCUGCUUUCCAUAAUAAUACUACAACACAAAAUAAACCAACAAUGGCACAACCAAGUGUCAAUGACAGCUCGGAACAAAAUCCAUCUUUAACAUCAUCAGCAGCAACAGCGACCAGUUCGUAUCCAACAUUUCAAGAUUUUGCCACAUCUCUUGCUACUCAAGCAGCCGUUUAA